AUGCCACCGCAUCGUGUCGGCGACCGCCGGAUAAGCCUUUUUGAGGCGAUCAAUCGAAUAGAAGCUAGCGGUGACGAGUAUAUUUUCCAACUGAUGAAGAAGAUUGAACAACAUGAAAUUGCAUCAGCCGGUUUCCGUUGGCAUGCGACGCCAACACAGAAUAACCAGGACCGCGUCCUCGCACUCUUCGAACGAUUUCUGCGUCUAACAGGCGUCAUUCCGUCCAUGGAGGAAACCAGGAGACUGACACAGAGAGAAAAGGACACGUUGAUGUUUCCUAUUGACCAACAGAAGCUCUUGGCGCAGCUUCGAGGCUUUAUGUUUUUUGUUGCUGACCAAACGGCUGGAAAGUCGGCCGAUAAUCUUACGUACAUGGCCUUGUCCAAAUACCGAGCAGCGAUGCUAUUCUGGAUAUACCAUGUUUACAACAGGCACCAAUUGACGCCACCAGCCUGA